UGGUCGGUUUGACUUUUUUCCGACUUGACUUAUCCGAAUUUAAACCGUUUUGACCUGCGAAGUGUAAACAAAACACAUGUGUUAAGAAACUGGUAGUUUUCGUGAAUUAUACAUAAUGCCACUUCCUAUCUGUAUUGAAUUUGGAGGAGGGGCUGAGCUGUUAUUUGGUAAAGUGAAAACACACGAAGUCAAUCUACCAGACAAGGAAGCAUCAUGGACUAUCAAAGAUCUGCUUACUUGGAUGAAAGAUAACAUGCUGAAAGAAAGACCAGAGUUAUUUAUACAAGGAGAAACAGUAAGGCCCGGUAUUCUCGUCCUUGUCAAUGAUGCUGACUGGGAACUCAUGGGAGAGCUGGCAUACAACAUUCAGGAAAAUGACAGAAUAGUGUUCAUAUCAACACUCCAUGGAGGAUGAAUUAGGUGUCAAGAUACCAGUAUAUACAUUUAUUGUUGUGUGGUAACACGUUCAGAGAGUUUAACUGGGAAAGAGGCUUCAAUUAAGGAGAUUAUUUGUUAGAAAUUGAUGGUUUUGAGUUGUUAAUCAGUAAAUAUACUCUGAUUUUGAGUUCUGGUUUACAGGUUUACGAAUAUUUGCUGAAAACAAAUAUUUUUAACAGAAAAGUUUCCAUAUCCACUCCAUGGUGGACACCCAUAUAUAUUCUUAUAUCAUGAUGUGGAAACAAGAAGUUAGUCAAGAAUCAGUACUGUGGUGGAAAGGAUUUCCAUAGAUUUUAUUAUCCCCCGCCAUAGGUGGAGGGAUAUUGUUUUGGCUCAGAAGACCUUAUAAGAAUGGAAUAUAUACAGAUGAUGAGGCAAAACUUACAUGGAUUAUGAACUUGAGCUCUGAAGAUUCUGUGUUUUACAACCAAUUUGUCAUUUUAUCAUAUAAUGAAUGAGAUGGUAUGGAUUGAAAUUGUUCACACAUUUUUACACUUAUAACAUGUAUGUGUAAAUUAUGAUCAAAUGUGUUAUUCAUUAAAAUUACAAAAACAA